AUGAAGGACCUUCGACCAGUAGAGAAACAAUGGUUGUUCCCCCACUCCGCACUCAAUAGCACACCGUCGUUGGAUGAUGGGAUAAACUUGCAGACCGAGUUGAAGAGGAGGAAAGUGGUAAUUGAAUAUAUGAGGAGUCUGGCCCUGAGGGCCAAUGUAUUUGUUAAUGUAGAUGACCCGGAAUGUUCGAGAUUAAGAGGAUCGAUGUUAGUUGGAUCUACGCUGGUACAUCGUUUUUACAUGAGACGGUCUCUCAAGGAUUUCUCGGAGAAGCUCAUCGCUCCGACAGUACUAUUCCUAGCUACCAAGAUAGAAGAAGAACCCCUGAAACUACGACAUAUAGUGAAUUCGUGUAUAGCCAAAUUCGAACCACAGGGUACGAGGGGCUGGUAUCCUGAUAACAAUCCACAUGAGCAACCUCCUCGAGAAUAUCGUACAUGGGAAAAGUCAAUUUUAGCCACUGAGGAAGUUCUCCUCGAAGCGCUAUGUUUCGAUAUGGCUGUAGAUCAACCUUAUCCCAUUUUACUUCGUUCGGUCAUUGGGUUAGAUGAGGUCAUAUCGAAAGGGUCGUCAAAUGGCAUCGAUUACAACGGGAUUGAAAAUGGUACAAAGAGUAAAGAGAACUUGAGUGAAGGGCGGAUCACGGAACUUGGUUGGACGGUGACAUCUGAAUCAUCACUCUCACCCUUGCCUAUACUAUAUCCUGUCUCGAUCAUCUCAUUCGUCAUCUUCACAAUUAUCAUAACAAUGAUCGAUCAGAUACCUCCAUCACAGGGUUUAUGGAACGCCUCGGAACUAAGUGAGAGAUUCGGUUUGGAUCUGGGUAGAAAAGGAGAUCACGUGUUAGGCUGUGAUCUGGAUAUGGUCAAAGCCUGUUUAGAAGAUUUGAUACGAUAUAUAAAACAAGGUCUGAUACUUGAUGAUUUAAAGAAAUAUAUAGUGGAGGAACCGGGACAACAGACGGAAGAACCUUACCCGAAACGAUUUACUUUGGAUGUCGCACCUAACAAGGAGAAUCUAGGGACUGAUGGAGUUUUACAUGGAAAGAUGGAGAUUGACCAUGAGGUGAAUAUGACGACGAAUGGAAACGCCCAGAACACCGAAUCGAAAGCAAUCACAGACGUCGUUUAUUAA